AUGGAGGACCAGAUCUUUAUCCAGUCUCGUCUUAUUGAUCCGGAUGAGGCCCGCAAGAAUGGUGCCUUCACCACCCUUCCUAUUCGCAUCCACAAGCGAAAUGACAUUGCCGAUGAGACUGCUCGUAGGGUCCUUCGUGAUUGGGGUCACCAUGUGGGCGACGGCAUGGAGAAGAAGGCACUCACAUCUUUCAGUCAUCUAGGCAAUCUGAAUGCCUUCACAUACACCGAGGCAUUGCCGGAGAGACUGGGCGUGUUGUCGUACUUACUCGACCUUGGACUGAUCCAUGAUGAUGCCACUGAAGGGAUGGGCUUAGAAGAUGCUAUAGCUGAGCACCAUGACUUCGAGCGAUCCCUGGACGUUGAAGCGACAGAGGAGGUUACUCAAGGCUCAAGAGCCGACAAGCUCAAGAAGCUUGGCGCUCAAAUUCUUCUAGAAGCAGUUCAAAUCGACCGCGAGAUGGGAAUUCACAUGUUGGAGAUGUACCAGAAAGAGUGGUUGGCCAUCGUUGAGAAGAACGACGACAAGGAAUUCGAUGACUUGGAGGCUUACUACGCUUAUCGAAAAUGUAAUUUUGGAAUGAGAGCAUUCUGGCCCAUGGUCGAAUAUGGAAUGGGCUAUCGAUUAACCCCAAAGCAACACGAACUCAUCAGGCAUGUAAUGGAGCCUAUUGAAGAAGCACUCAUGCUUACCAACGAUUACUGGAGCUGGGAUCGCGAAUACGAGGAUUGGAGAACAAAUGGCAACCGGCUUGUCAACGUGGUUGACGUCGUACGGCGAGCACGAUCGAUACCUAUCGACGCAGCUCGAGAUAUCGUGAAGCAGAUGAUUAUUGAGACCGAGCAAACUUACGUCAAGAGGAAGACCGAAUUCUACCGAGAACAUCCCAAUGUCUCGAUAGAGGUGAGGCGUUGGAUCGAAGCCGCCGGAUGUGUUGUGUCUGGAAGUCAUUACUGGGCAACAAGCGCACCUCGUCACCACGUCCGGUUCCGCGAAUCGUUUGCACAGGAGAAAUCUCCUUUGAACACUACCAGCGACGGCUCUUCCCCAGGAACUUCCAGCGAGACAAGUGCUUUAAGUGAUACCUGCUCUAGUAACACCUCAUUUGCUACGCUCGUAUGCGAUAGCCCUGAAGCCAGGGAUGUACAGGUAGCGACGAACAUGGAGAAUGGCAAACGAGGGCAGAAGAGGAACAUCGAGGAUGAGUCUCGUCAAGACGGCCCAAGCAAGAAGGUCCAUACAGAACUCGGUUGGGAGAUGCCGAAUGACAUGGCGGUUCAAUCCCCAUGCCAUUAUAUCAAAUCCUUACCUUCGAAAGGGGUCAGAUCGAUGCUCAUCGACGCUUUGAACGUAUGGAUACAAGCUCCAAAGAAGUCUGUCAAGGCUGUAGAGGAGCUGAUCCGCUUACUGCACAACGCGUCGCUAAUCCUCGACGACAUCGAAGAUGAUUCACCUCUUCGUAGGGGUAGAGCAGCCACACACCUGGUUUUUGGGCAUUCCCAAGCAAUCAACAGUGCAAACUUCAUGUUUGUCCAGGCCGUUCAGCACGCACGCAAGCUUUCUAACCCGACGGCGGUGGACAUCGUACUGUACGAGCUGGAGCGAUUGCAUCUUGGACAAAGUUGGGAUUUGUUCUGGAAGCACAAUCUGCUCAGUCCGAAAGAGGAGGAAUACAUGAGAAUGGUGGAUAGCAAGACUGGUGGUUUAUUCCGUAUGCUGUUGCAGCUUAUCGUCGGUGAAAGCGCACAGGAGCCCAAAUGCGAUGUGGAAAGGCUGAUCCGGCUGAUGGCGCUGCUGGGCCGGUUUUUCCAAGUGCGUGACGAUUACGUUAAUCUGAAGUCAGACACAUACGGCAAGCAAAAAGGGUUCUGUGAAGACUUGGAUGAGGGCAAGUUCUCGUAUCCAAUUGUACAUUUCCUGCAACAUGCACCGGAAAUGCUACGAGCCCACGUCAUCAGCAUAUUCCGGCAGCGACCGAGUGGUGGUACAGGACGAGAGACGACGCCAAUGGCGAGGGAGGUCAAGCAACAUGUGUUGGGUCUCCUCGAGUCUGAGGGAACGUUCGAGGCUGUGCUGAAAUUGCUCCGUCAGAUGGAAGCUGAGAUCAUCGCCGAAAUUGGGCAAUUGGAAGAAAUCACUGGCGAAAGCAAUCCUAUGCUGCGGCUUGUGAUUGAGGGCAUCAGCGUGCGAGGGCUGGCCCUUGAUAACAAUCAGAAUACUACAUGUCGCGACCUGUGCGAACGGAUGAUCACUACACUUCCAAGGGAAUUGAGGGAUAUUAUCUACGAGUACAUCUUGUGCGAUUCGUUAUACAAGGAUGUUGCUGCAACGACGAACGAGCCAGCGUCUUCUCAAGCGGGCCUCGAUCACUGGCAUGUAGAGAAGGUUGGCGACACGGCUUCGAAAGAGCUGCUUGAAGUUUGGUAUCGCUCGGCCCGGUUCCACAUGGGCGAGCACCUCGGAUAUAUCGAACGCUUUUUAUCUUCGAAUGUAGCUCGUCUAGGCAUACCCCGCCGCCACUUCAUCACGAAGAUUAGUAUUACCUUCAAGCAGGGGGAUGUAGUUUCUUGUAAAAACCCACUGGGGGAACAAUUUUCAGACAUUUCCACGUCUCGCCCACGUCUAUUGGAACGACUAGAACACCUUUUCCUGUUGAAGCGCGGCGCCUCGAUUCAUCUCUAUGUGAUCAUAGGCCGUAUGGCCUAUUGCCAUGCGAGGCUCUUAGAGCUAUCCACGCGUCAUGAGAGGAAAAUCUUGCGCAAGGUCACCACCGCGAUGUCCAAUGUUCUUUCGCGUCUGUGUGCUGAGGGCUACUGCCUUGCUACGGGUAUCCAUUUUCCCUCCGGACGGCCGGACAAAUACCCACUAUAUGACUUAUGCUCAAGAGAUCCACUCCUUCAUGAGGAUGACUACUUUGCCAACGAAGACGGUUCCAUUUUAAUAUGGCGGACCCUCACAUCACCUUUACCUUUCCAUUGUUGUCGUAUCAUCCGUUGCGCUCUUUGCACCGAUAACGAGAUGUCUCAAGAUACUACCGCCAAAGAGGUCCUGAAGCUAUACCAACAAGCUGUCGCUGCACGACGACGUAUUCAUACGCGCUUUCCCGAUCAGGACCCGGAAGCCAUCACUCGACUCACAAAAAGACUGAAAAUCUUCGAUUUGUACGGACAAGCGUCGUGUCGAUACAUAUGUCAAGAAGUCCUUCGCUCUCUACCGCCCGAGUUGUGUGAUGUGAUCAUCGAGAAUGUCAUCGACCACAAUGACGCAAUCGUGAAAGUGAACCGAAUUUGCGAGCCAGUAUACGCAAGUACGAGAGGUCAAUCGCUAGAACAUCACUGGAAAGUCGAAUACGUUGGAAGACUUAUGCUGGCGAGGAUGAUGACUGUCUGGUACAGAAAUAGUAACUUUGUGAUGCAUGGGACGCAAUAUUGGAGGGAAGACUGGAGAGAUUAUUCUUUGCGUGUUUUCCUCAACGAGGAAGCACCUUGUCUAUACAUUCCACGCUAUAGAUUGAUCACGAAAAUCUCAAUUACGAUACAUGCAAGUAGCUUCACCGUGGAUCGAGAGCAGGGGAACCGAAACUGGAAUGGUGCAAACUCAGCGGAUUUGCGAGCAACAUGGGGACAGGUGGUUCAGGGCUUUGAAGCAUUGUUUCGGUUAAGGAGCGGUGCGUCGAUACAGAUUGUCAUCCACGAGUCAGAACGCAUUGGUCUGGGAGACCUUCUGCUAGAUGACAUUCUCGCAAUAUGCACCGCUCCGAUUCUGGAAUCUAUGAGUCGCUUGAAAAGAGCUGGGUACAUUCUCAACACCACCUUGCUUAUUGGCCAACGGAGUUUUGGGUAUUCUUUGUGCGAGCCCAACUCGCUUGACGAAGACGCUACAUACGUUCCUGCAGGUGGAACAGGGUUGAUUUGGAGGCGAGUAGUCGCUCCAGACGCAGUUCAUCCCUUACUAACGUCAAUAGGGCUUAGUACAAACGCGACUUGGUAUGCGCUUACGGAAGAUGCACUGUCGAAUCACUCAAAGGCGAGGGAACAGUGGAUGACGAAUGCUCAGGAGCUAUUGUAUGGAGGCUUGAAAAAGAUAAAGGGCGCUAUCGUAGUUACUUCCCCAAUUGGGCCGACGAUUUUCUUGCCAAAUUCGUUUGCAGGUGAGAUUCGCAACAUGAAAGAACUCAGCUUUAGUCGAUCUAUUGUAAAGAACGCUUUGGCUCGCGAACCAGGAUUGAACCCAAUUCUGGCGAUUGACUAUCAUGGAGUCAUGCAAGAAGUUGCCCGACUCGAUCUUACUCGCUCUUUAGAUUCCGUCACUGAAGUCAUGAAUACCGAAGUCGGAGCCGCCCUCCUAGACAUGCUAGGAGACAUUUCCGAUUGGAAGACUGUGGAUCUGAAGCCUCUUAUUCACCGCCUUGUUGCUCGCAUCUCCAGUCGUGUCUUCCUCGGUCCUGAACUCUCCAACAACGAAGAAUGGUUGGACAUUGCCUUAUCAUACGUCACCCAAGCAAGCAUGGUGACGCGCAAGCUCCGUGGCUUGCAUCCACUAUUGCGACCUCUGGCGCGGUGGUGGUUUCCCGAACUAGGCAUCUGUAGAGAGCAAGUUGACAAAGCGCGGAAAAUCAUCACUCCACUCGUGCAGGAUCGUCUGCAGAGAAAGGCCAACGGGCAAAUCACCGAGAAGACUGCUGACAUGUUAAGUUGGCUGGAUGAUAAGGCAAAGGCGAAAGGUGUGAAAAUUGACUUCGCAGAGUUUCAACUCCUGCUCGUGGUGGCGGCAGUACACACGACCACGGAGACAAUUGCAAUGUUCAUGGCUGAUCUGAUUGAGAACAAAGAGGCGAUCUCGCAGCUUAGGGAGGAAAUCAUUUCGACGUUCUCGACUUCUGGCUGGAAAAAGACAUCGUUGGCUGCAAUGACGUUGCUUGACAGUGCGAUCAAGGAAUCACAGCGAUUAAAUCCCAUCACGGACCUCUCAAUGCAACGCAUCGCUUUGACCGAUGUCACUCUUUCUGACGGCACAAUCAUCCCUAAAGGUUACAGACUGGCUGUUGAACACCGCCUUCGAGACCCAACUCUGUGGUCCAAUGUCGAUGAAUUCCAAUCGGACCGUUUCCUCAAGUUGCGCGAUACUGAUCGAAGCAAGUGGAAUUUCGUCACUGGUUCGCCCGAACACCUCGGAUUUGGCUACGGGAAACAUUCAUGCCCGGGACGGUUCUUUGCUAGUAACGAGAUCAAAGUCAUCGUCAUACACAUGCUUCUCAAGUAUGAUUGGGAAUUUACUGAUCAAGGAAGAUUGCCAAACGGGUUGUCUGGAACAGACCGCUACAUGGAUCCGAGGCAAAAAGUCAUGCUAAAGAGUAGGAAAAAGGAAAUCAACCUAGCAUCUGCUAAUCUGCCUAGCAGUGCUGCUCUACGCCUUGUUGGUCACCUCAGGGUCCAGCCCCUAGGGCGACACUUCUUUGUCGUAAAAUCACCUUCCAGCUACGGUAGUCUGCAGCAGCGCCUGGAUCGGUACCAAAGAAAGAAGCUGAUACGAACACAAGUGCUAAUAGAGAAUGAGUAUCGCAUGCGUAAAGAACUUGAGGAGAUUGAAACCAAGAGGAGGUUGCUAGAGACAAAGCUUGACAACAAUUUAAAGCAACGGCAGCAGAUCGACCCGGAGGCUGAAGAACUCAUACAAGAAUUGAUUACAAUGGGACGAAGUCGAUCCUAUCCUAUAUUCGAAGCAAUGCAGCAGUAUCUGCCACGCGAACUUCGCGACAUGAUCUACAAACAUGUCAUCGGCCCCGCCGAGUGGCAUAACAAUAACCACACUGUUCCUAUACUGGAGUCAGAUAAUCCCGCCCGACCAUACGUGGUUUUGACUGGUUCUAUGCAAGAUCUCUGGGGCAUUCUUCGACGUGACGGUUAUAUCACCCACCAGACGCGACGGGAACUGCUAGAGCGCUGGUACAAGGCGUGCACGUUCGACUUCGCAACAGAUUUAGAGAUCGAUGUCCCUCGUGAUGUCCUGGUGGAUGAAGCAAGGUUUAAUGAGGCUUUUGGCCGAACUCUGCGAGAUCUUGCUCUGCUGAAACGACCAGCACGCCUACGACUAAACCUUGACACUUCCUUCAAAAUUAGCACACCUCCAAAGGCAUACGAACCUUCCAGGUUUAAAUAUCUUGGCGAGCCGGACCCGAUUGCACGAGGCGAGGUAUUCAAAAAGCUUUCACAACUGCUCCCAAGCUUGACAGGUUGGAAAAUUGAGUUGGUAGUUGAGGUGUGGACCUUGCCCCAAAAGCACGACAUGGACAACAUCAUUGGCCAUGGCAAGCUUGGCGACGACCUGUGCAGUGGUUUUGAAGUGCAAAUGAUCCUACCUGGGUUGGCAGAGUUCUCGCACUCUCAAUGGGAAUGUUUGUUCCAUAAGCUUUGUUAUGAGCUCGACCAGUAUUAUGACAAUACACUGAUCGAGUUUUACGAUGGAGACAGCGACUACCCAUUAAGUGGUGGCUCAACUAGCUCGGAGUAUGGAACCGAAGAUGACAGCGAUGAAGACUACUGGGAACAAUCAGAGCUUACCAAGGAUGAAAUGUUUGAACUGAGAAUCAAUCCUCCUUCCAUCCACCUCCUCCAUCCCCAACAACCUACAUCGCCUACCGCUAUGGCAACCACACCAGCUGCGCUAAGCGCGGGCAAGAGUCUACGUGCCGACUGCUUCGAGGCGCUGAAGGAAGAACUGAAGACAAAAUCCGAGCUGCAGGGUCUGCGUAGCAAGAUUGAACACUUGCAAGACCACGAGAAAUCCCUCAAAGACAAGAUCCAUGCCGACGUGUUGGCAACAGCCGAUGCGCUCCUUGCCUUUGCCAAAUAUGAUUGUCUCGAGCUUUGCAACAAAGUUUACAAGACUUUCCCUCGAGAAGUUCGAGACAUCAUCUAUGGAUAUAUUAUCGGCUGUGAAGAUGUCGACAUAUUUUCUGAGAAUCAUCGCACACGGCACAGUUGUGGUUACUUUUCAUCGAAUUCGGAAACUCAGCAUCGCCUCUGUUCGUCAGGAAAUCGCACCGACCACUGGUGGAACAAUGAUUUCGUAGGUGCAAAGAUGGCCCGCGAGAUUGGUGAGCAUUACUAUCGGGAAUCUCACUUCCGUUUUCAAGUGGAAUUCUCCCAGCUCGUCAGAUUUCGCGCGACGGACCAGUUCAAUCACGGCUUCCUACCGGUGCACUUCGUCUCAAAGGUGGAGAUCGUUGUAAACUGUUGCAAGUACAAGUUCCGGCCCAUUAGUUCCGCCAAGGACGAUGCUUUUGUCGACGAAUAUCGAGACCAGCUACGCUCAAAGUGCCAAUGUUGUUGCUGGGACUGUUCGGAACCCCAACAAGAUCCUCUCGUGGAGUUGGAGUACCUGUUUGGUUUUAGACCAGGCACUGGCAUUACCAUCAGGCUGAUGCAAUCCCCCCACCACAUUCAGACUAGCCGUCUUGAAGACCAGAAAUGGAUGUGUCACCGUGUAGUACCUGUUAUCUUUCCGGUACUUCAGCGACUCAAAGACACCAACUGUCGCGCUCGUCUAAUUCUCGGUGCGGAGACUGAUGGCGGACCUGACGAAGACGGGUACAUGCCCUUCGCUUCGAAGUGGAACCCGAUAUCUAUCGAGGCUAUCACAGCUGACUUCUGGGAGAUGGUGAGUCAAAUGGAAUCAGAAAAGCAGGUGAACAGUCUCUACGAAGAAUGUUGCAACUCCGUACCGGGCUUAAACUCGAAGAACUCUACCAGACAGAAGUCAAGCGACUCGAAUGACGAAGCGAAAGCACUUUCCGAAGAAAGCAUCCGUAAAGCCCGUCUCGCAGCACUACAGCAAGAACUUGCACUUCUGGAAAAGGAUCUUGCCAGCACCACACCAACGACACAGGAUGCUGUCGAAGAGCUUGCAAAGACGGAAUGCCAGCAACUUACCAACGCCAUCUUGACUAAAUUGCCGCGUGAGAUCCGCGACAUGAUCUAUUUUCACCUCAGUACGCGCGAUCGCGAGCUCAUCGAGCGCGAGCAUUUUCGGACAACCUUGGACCCGCUUACGAGAUUAUACUCGUACGAUUUCGAGAGGUGGAAAGCGCAGCAUUUUCCCGCGCACUACUGGAACCCUGAAUAUGUUUCCAAGCGCUUCUAUUGCGAGCUCUUGGAAAACUAUUACCGUACUAGUACGUUCUUGUUUGGUGAUGAUCCGGGGGUAAUGAAGCGUUUCCUCAAUACAGAUGAGAUGAGACUCGGGGUACCUCCCAAAGCACUGGUUUCUAGCGUCGAGAUCGGGCUGAAUGCUGUGUCACAUGAUAGAGGCUCCUUCCGCGCUUACAUGUUCGGCAUACCAAAAUCACCAGAGCGAAUGCGGGAGGCUCUCGAUGGCAUCUUCGAACUCAGGCCUGGAGCUAAAAUUGUGAUUCGAUUCGUGACCGAGGCGAAAACUAAGGAAGAGAGGGAUGAGCAUUGCAAAGGAGCGAUGACAAUGCUGUUCGACGAAGCGCAGGUGGAGAAGAUGAAGAUGUACAAGGUCAGGUUGGUAGUUGACGAGGGGAAGGUCUGGGAUCUGGCGGAGGCAAUGAAGGAUGAGUGGAUGGCGAUUCACGGACGCGUCUCAAUUCCAUACCGCAAGAUGGCCGGCAUUCCCAACACUUAUGAUGCGCCCGUCCACAUCGCCGUUAUAGGCGGCACUGGCAUCUCUUCCCUUCCAGGCUUCACUCUCGCCGCGACUCUCGAUGUCGAUACCCCAUGGGGAAAGCCCUCGUCGCCUGUUUCCAUCCUCCAACACCCUUCGCCCUCCACCGGCAAGCCUAUCCCAGUCGCGUUCAUCUCGCGACACGGUCUCCACCAUGAACUUGCACCACACGAGGUGAAGAACCAAGCCAACAUCGCCGCGCUGCGACACCUGGGCGUGCGCACCAUUAUUGCCUUCUCCGCCGUCGGAUCGCUACAAGAAGAAGUACGACCGCGCGACUUCGUCAUCCCCGACCAGAUCAUCGACCGCACAAAGGGCAUCCGGCCAUUUACCUUCUUCGAGGGCGGCAUGGUCGGCCACGUUGGCUUUGGCGACCCCUUCGAUAAGAAGCUGUCCAAGAUCGUCAGCCAGUGCGGACACGCGCUAGAGGGAGACGGCGUCACUCUACACGAUAAGGGAACGCUCAUCUGCAUGGAGGGACCGCAGUUCAGCACACGCGCAGAGUCAAACCUCUACCGUGCAUGGGGUGGCAGCGUCAUCAACAUGUCUGCUCUGCCCGAGGCCAAGCUUGCGCGAGAGGCUGAAAUUGGGUACCAGAUGAUUUGCAUGGCUACCGACUACGACUGCUGGAGGGGUGACGGCUCUGAGGAUGUCAACGUUGAGAUGGUCAUGGCACACAUGAAGGCAAAUGCUGAGAACGCCAGGCGAUUCGUCGGCGCGGUGCUCAACGAGCUCAGCAAGGAGGAGCAUGAGGAGCAGGUCCUCGCUAAGCACCUCGAUGGCCAGAUGAGGUUCGCAGGUGCCAUGACAAAGAAGGAAGGACGCGGGCAAGAAGCGGAGAAGAAGCUGCAAUGGCUCUUCCCUGGCUACUUCGACUGA